UCACUUUGUAAGUUCAAGGGUCUUAAAGUUCGUCAGAACUGUUCUAACAUAUCACCUCGCUUUCUUCCAUUAACCUUCCACCGCCCUCACCCUCCCACCUUCCUUACCUACGUCCAUACUAUUAGUCAUUCUGGUUCGUCGUACUUUCCACCUAUAGUGUGAUAGAUCACCAAGGUUACGCCUACACACGCCCGUGGCUGCAUUUAGGAUUCUAGAUUAUUAAAACUUCUCGACCACUUUUUUUCAGUCACUACCACCAUUACUGUCGCUACCACCUACUUCACUCCUUUCGUCGAUUGUUUACCCUCUCUUUUUUUUCGCGUCCUUUUCUCCUCGUCACAAAUUCAUGUGAUCAUGUUCAUUGAUACCUCCUCCCCUGCCCUAAGUUAAUCUUAAUCUUAGAUCAAAGGAUCGGGUUGACACGGGAUGACGCGCCAUUGUUCUUCCUAUGAAUUUCCCCAAGGGCCUCGGCAGCCUCACGCUGCCCCAUUGCUGGAGAUUCGUGAUUCCGGCCUUCAUACUUACAGCUUCAUUCUAUUUCCUCCUUGGAAGCUCCUGGCGGGACCAGCAACCCCAGGUUCCUCACCAAGUUGAUCACGAUAAAGUCGGUAUCGGCAAAGACCAUACUACAUCACCACCCAGCUAUGACGGAAGCAACAUCACCGUCAACUUGGUUAUCGCCACUCUCUCUAAGGAAGACAUAUCAUGGACGCAAAAUAUCGAGAUACCUAAUCUGAAGAUAAUUCGCUAUGUUAGCGACAACUUGAAAGCCGAAUUUCAUCCGCCGGUACCAAAGAAGGGACGCGAGGCUCUAAUAUAUCACACUUACAUGCACGACUUUUAUGACGACCUACCGGAUAUCUCCAUCUUCACCCAUGCCGACGAAAGCCCGUGGCACGUGGAGGAUACAUUGAACUCAUCCUUAACAUUUGCCUUGUCACAUCUAGAUCUUAACGAGGUCCUAAAACGACAAUAUUUUAACUUGCGCGUAUCAUGGGAAAACGCAUGCCCCAGCUGGAUCAAUACCUCCAAGACCGAUAACGAUUUGUCCAAGCAGGAAGAGCCGUACAUGCACGAGGCAUUUAGCGAGAAUUUCGCCACUAACAAUGUCCCUGAAAUCCUUGGCGGACCAUGCUGUUCCCAGUUCGCAGCGACAAGAGAUGCUGUGAGAAGACACCCGAAGUCUCAGUAUCAAAUCAACAUGGAUUGGUUGGUACAAACCCAUUGGGACGACUAUAUCUCCGGGAGGGUCUGGGAGCACAUGUGGCCCUAUCUCUUCAUAGGCAAGGCGGUGGAUUGUGACGUCGAAUGGCAGGCAUACUGCAGGAUGUACCACGUCUGCUUUGACCCUCAAAGUAGGAGCCGAUUGAUUAACCUUAAGGAUGAGAAGAAGGAGCUAGAGAGGAAGACGGGACUUCUCGAAGGGUUGCUUGACCUGCUAAGGGGAUUCGAGGUCAGAAGGCGCCUACGGGAGAUUAAUGCCAUAUUGGCGGAGGAACUCGAAAAGGCAGUCGAAAGAGGGAAGGACGAAGCAGAACGCUUGAAACUGCUAUCGGAUUUUAGUAAUUCGUGAGGAAACGCGGCCUUGGACAGGCAAGUUGCCCAGUGUUUGUACACCAUAUGAUACCCUAGUCCUAAUACAAAAUAGUAUUGAGAAGCUUACUCGCUCGUACGAUGCGCGACGGCUUACUAGCCAGUCUUACGCUGGGAAUUAGGUGCUCGAGCGGCAAUUCAUGAAGUUAUUCGUGAAGUUAAAGACACAUCAAGGCUGGAAAAUGCCUUUGGCUUCCCGUCCCCUGCAGCUAACCGACCGACUUCGGAUUGUCAUACCAUAGGUGCCAAUUUGACAUCGCCAAUUCCACCAACGACUUUAGCGCUCGCGCGGAAACGAUGCCUUUAAGGAUAACAGGCAGGAGGUUUAUUUAAGGUUCGUU